CAAACACAGUGACACAUCCUGAGUCAUUAGGGAGUAACGCCAGUCAGAGUGAUGACCUGCAUCAAACUAUUUUCUCGAAGACCUCGAAUAAAAGCGGGACUUGUGGUCGGUGCAGCACUCACCUCCUGCAGAUGUUUCCAUGCUGAACUAGUAAGACAGGAAUCCAGCGGACUUCCCAUAAUUCAUCACAGCAAGUAUGUGUGCGACCUCCCACCCAAUCACAGGUUUCCAAUGGGCAAGUUUCCCCGCGUUUUACACUUUCUAAUCAAGGAUCAAGUCAUCACGGAGAAACAGGUGUGGGUCCCUGAAAUUGCCUCCAAAGAUUUACUCAGCUGUGUGCACACAGAGGAAUACUUAAACAACUUCAUGAAUGGCAAAAUAAAUGAGCAAGAACAAAGAAAGACAGGUUUCCCCUGGAGUGACGGCAUAGUGAGACGCUGUCGAUAUGAAACAGGUGGGACUGUUCUGGCUGCUGAAGUAGCUCUGCAGAGGGGUCUGGCCUGCAGCACGGCAGGAGGAACACAUCAUGCUUUUCCGAGCUAUGGCUCAGGGUUUUGUCUCCUUAAUGACUUAGCAGUUGCAGCCAAAUACCUGAUGGGCAUGUCUUCCCUCAAAAGGAAGGUUCUGAUAGUGGAUUUAGAUGUGCAUCAGGGUGAUGGCACUGCUUUUAUUUUUAAAGAGGAGCCGUGUGUGUUUACAUUCUCAGUGCAUUGUGGGAAAAACUUCCCCCUCCGUAAACAACAGAGUGACCUAGAUGUGAGCAUGGAAGAUGGGCUGGAGGACAAGGAGUACCUCUCCACAGUGGAGGCACACCUCCCCUGGCUGCUGGAGACAUUUCGUCCAGACUUGGUUCUGUACGACGCAGGUGUCGACCCUCACUGGGAGGAUGAACUCGGGAGGCUCCGUCUCACUGACCAAGGGCUGUAUCAGAGAGAUGUGUACGUGAUGAAGACUGUGGUGAGCAGAGGCAUUCCCGUAGCUGCUGUUAUCGGAGGAGGAUACUCGAGAGACAUCGACAAACUGGCCAUCAGACACUCAAUCGUCCACAGAGCAGCGACUCAGGUUUGGAGGGAGUGUCGGAUGUAAAACCAUCAUGCCCGAAAUCAAGGACCCUCAAAGUAUACCUGCUACUUGAGCUUUAGGAGCCAAUGCCAAUAUUAAAGGAAUACCCCCUCCCCCACCCCCCACCCCUAAAUGACCACAUGUAUCAAUGACUCCCCUCGUGUCACGUUUAAUUCAUGAUUUUCUCACAUGCCUCCAGUGACGAAGAAUCCAAAACAGAGAAAAUACUUAAUGAAUGCGGGCCACAUUUAACAAUGGCAAACCUACAUGUCAAAACAACAAUUUCUCACGCAACUCAUGUAGUCUAACAUAAGUCUCAUUUAUCCAGUCGUGUGCUGAAUACAUCCAAAACACAAUUUUUUGUAAAAAGCUUAAUAUUUAAAACUUAACUGAAAGUGAAACAUAUCUACACUGUACACUAUUCUGUAUAAAACCAGAUUCCACUGACAAAAGCUGUAAUUUUACCUCGCUGAACACAGAAGCUGCUGGUCUGCCAUGGACUAGAUCAGUUAGUUUUUGACUUUUUAUGUUUAGAGGGGUUAGCUUUGAUUCACCAAAGUCACAUAUUAACACAAGCAAUCUACCAAUCAAGGCAGUGGUAGACGAGCAGCUCUCAUGUUUGACAAGGUCAAAUGUCUUUAUCUUUGGAGUCUGGCUUUGAAGGGAGCAUAGAUAAGGUUCACUUUAUGUUCAGCUCCCCAUUGUUAAAGGCUGUCUGUUUGGUAAGUACUGUUACCGCCACCGUUGAAUAAAUGAGACUUGGAUUGUUCUGCAUGAGUUGUGUGAGAGUUUGAAAA